AUGGCCUCGCCUCCUCCGCCGCAGCGCCGCAAGGCGCCCAGGUCCGGCGACCGCGUCGUCGACGCCUACCUCGCGCAGCUCCGGCGGCAGACCAAGGCGCUGAGCCUCGACGCGCUCGUCAUGCCCGUCGCGUCGCCGCACCCCGCGCCGCGGCCCGCGCACUACUCGCCCUACGCCGUCGGCGCGACGCCGGUCCGCGGCGACGGCGACGACGCGGCCUACAGCCUCGCGGCGCUCCUGACUAAGGACGAGAACGCGUCGCCCGAGCGGCGGCCGCCGUCGCCGGAGCGCGCGGUCCGCGACGACGAGCCCCUCCCGGAGAAGCCGCCCGCGCCGCCGAGCGACCGCCGGCCGCUGGCCCCCGCGAGCCUCGUGCAGCACGAGACCAUCGAGCACCCGCGCGAGCGGGAGGAUCGGAAGCCCGACGUGCCCAAGCGGUGGCCGCCCGCGCGCGCGGCGCCCGCGUCGCCGCCCCGCGGCGCCCUCGUGGCGGCCGAGGACGCCGCGGCCAAGCAGGCGCACUACGCCAAGUGCGCGAAGCGCUACCUCGAGGUCGAGCGGGGCCGCGCGGCCGCCGCGGAGGCCGACGACCGCGCGCGCCGCGAGGAGAAGCGCCUGAACGCGGAGCGGAGCCGCCUCUACGCCGCGGAGCAGCGCGUCGUCUGGCGCCUGCGGGCCAUCGCGCGCAAGGAGCUCGCGCUGAAGCGGCGGACGAAGGAGGAGGCCGCGGCCGCGGCGUACGCGCGGGCCAAGGCCGACCGGGGCGCCGCGCGCCGCGCGUCGACGGCGGCGGCGACGGUGCUGGCGAAGCAGGACGACGCCGAGGCCGUCUACGCGCGCGCGCGGCGCGCCGAGGCCGACGCGCUGUCCGCGCGCGCGGCCGCCGUGGCCCUCGACGACGCGAAGCGGUCGACGGCGGAGCUCGCGGCCCUGCGGCUCCGCCGGGCCAUCGCCGGCGGCGGCGCCCCGCCCGCCGACCGCGACUUCCGCGCCAAGUGGGCGUCGAAGCUGGCGGACAUCGAGUCCGUCAUGGCCGCGGCGCGGUCCGAGCUCGAGGCGCCGCCGCCGCCGCCGCCGCCGGCGUUCUCGCCCGUGCGCGCGCGCCGCGGCGGCGGCCGCGCGGCCUUCGGCGCCGCCGACGCCUACGGCUCCGACGGCGGCGCGCGCGAGCGGCGGCGGUUCGUGGCGUCGGGGACCGCGGGCGCGCUGGAGCAGUGGACGGACGCCGACGGGUGGCGCCUCUGGUACUUCGAGCUCUUGAACGCCGCGGGCGCGGCCGACGGGGGCGCCGCGGGCGGCCGCGGCGCGCCCCUCGCGCUCUUGCGCUACGCGUCGGCCGCCGGCGGCCGCGGCGGCGGCGCGCACGCGAUCUACCGCGACGGCGCGUCGACCGUCGAGGACGCGCCGGGCGAGUUCGCCGUCGCGUCCUUCGUCGGCGCGCGGCCCGUGCGCCUCCGCGGCGCCGACGACCGCGAGCGCGCGGCCUGGAUCGCGGCCAUCGCCGACGCGCUGGCGUCGCCGAGCGACGAGGCCGCGGCCGCGCGGACGCGCGAGCUCGUCGCCGGCGCGCGCGCGGCGCCGCCGCCCCGGCGGCCGCCGCGGCCGCCGCCGUCGUCGGACACGGGCUCCGACUACGACGAGCCGGCGGCGGCGAAACGGCCGCCGCGGCCCCCGGGCGGCCGCGCGCACGGCCACGUGAGCCCGCCGGAGUCGCCGCCGGAGUCGCCGCGGCGCCCGUCGCCGCCGCGCGAGCGGCCCGUCGACCCCCUGGCGACGCUCGCGGCGGCGCUCGACGCGCGGGCGGGGCCCGCCGUGCCGAGGAAGCCGGUCGCCGGCGGCGCCGCGCCGCGGAAGCCGCCCGCCGAGGAGCCGCUCCGGAAGGCGUCGAUGGACUCCUUCGAUUCCUACGCGGACUCGGGGCCCGAGGACGCGCCGGCGCUGGCGCGCGCGCCGCCCGGGGCGGCGGAGCCGCCCCGGAAGCCGUCCGUCGACGACCUCGACUCCUACGCGGACUCGGGCGCCGAGGACGCGCCGGCCGCCGUCGCGCCGCCGCCGGCCCCGCUCGCCGCCGACGACGACCCCUACGCGGACGACGCCGAGGAGCACGACAUCGUCGCGCCCUACGUGCCCGCGCCCGUGGUAGCGCGGCCGCCCUCCGCGAAGGCGCCGGCCGUCCGGCCGCCGCCGGCCCUCGCGCGGCCGCCGGCCGCGAAGGCGCCGCCGGUCGCCCAGGCGCCGCCGCCCCGGCCGCCCGUCGCGAGACCGCCGCCGGCCGCCCGGGCGCCCGUCGCGAGACCGCCGCCGGCCGCCCGGGCCCCGCCGGCCGCGAGCCCGCCGCCGGGCCCGGCGCCCGCGGCCGCGCCGGCCGCGUACGUCGCGCUCGCGGACCUCUCGACGCCGGAGAAGGCCAAGGCGUCGAGCCCCGUGUCGAGCUUCUUCUCGGAGCCGAGCCCGGACGACACGUCCGUGGCCGCGGCGGCCGUGCGCCGCGCGUCGUCCAUCCUCACGUGGAUCGCGUCGCCGUCGGCGGGGUCGCCGUCGGCGGAGGCCAGGGCGCGGGCCGACGAGCCCGUCGUCGAGGACCUCCGGCCGCCGGACCCCUACGCGGCGCCCGGCGACGGCCGCGACGCGCCGGGCGACUCGCCGGACCCCUACGCGGCGUCCGCGGAAUCCCGCGAGGCCGCGGUCGACGCCGACGACCGCGUCGAGGAGCCCGACGCCCGCGCCGACGAGCCCGCCGCCGCCCCCGCCGAGGAGCCCCGCGUGCACAUGGACUUUGGCGCGCGGCUGUCGAUCACGGACACGCAGGAGAACGUCCUCGACGCGAUCCGCCACCAGUUCCUCGACGAGCUCGUGGACGAGGAGUUCGAGGAGGAGGUCCACGUCGUGCCCGCGCGGCCCGCCUUCCUCCCCGCCGAGGAGGCCUUCGUCGCCGACGACCUCCCGCCGUCGGCCGAGGCCGCGGCGAACGACGAGCUCAUCGCCGCGUCGCGCGCGCCGCCGCGCGCGGCGGCCCCGCGAGCGCCGUCGCCCUUGGACUCCGACGGCGAGGACGACGACGCCGACGACGACUCGGGCGACGGCGCGGAGGUCGACGCGACGCUCCCGGCGGCGUUCCGCGAGUCGGGGAAGGUGCCGUUCCCGGGCGGCAUCCCGAACGCGCUCGCGGCGGUCGACCCGGCGCCCGCGGCGCCGGCGGCGAAGGCGACGGCGGCUCGAGCGGCGGCAACGCCCGAACCGAAGGCGCCGGCCCCGACGAAAGCCGCGGCGGCGGUCAAACCCGCGCCGGCGGCGGCGAACCCCGCGCCGGACCUGCCGGCCGCGCCCCCGGCCGCCGAGGCCGCCGCGCCCGUCGCCGCCGAGGCCGCGGCCGCGCCCGUCGCCGAGACCGCCGACGCCCCGGUCCCAAAGGCGGUGCCGGCGGUCCGGAACGGCAUCUGGAGAUGCAAGCGGUGCGGCAAGAAGAACGGCUCCGGGAAGGCCGCGUGCCUGGUGUGCCGCGCGCCGAAUCCGAGCGCGGCCCAGGGCAGGAAAAGGGUGAUUCAACGCGCGGCCGAGGCGCCGCCCGCCGCGAGGCCCGCGCCGGCGGCCGCGCCGGCGGCCGCUUCGACGCCCGCUGUACAAGCCGCGCCGGCGCCCGUUGGAGAGCCCGCGUCGACGCCCGCCGCGACGCCGGCGGCGCCCGCUCCGAAACUGGCGGCUCCACCGGCGGCCGCGGCCCCCGCCGCCGCGGCCCGCGAGCCCUGGCGCUGCAAGAAGUGCGGCAAGGCGAACCCGGCGUCGAGCGACGCGUGCCGCAUGUGCCGCAAGCGGCGGCCGAGCCUCGCGGCGCCGGCGCCGACGGCCGUCGCCGCGCAGAGGGCCGUCCGCGCGUCGAUGCGCCGCGCGUCGUCCGCGGCCGUCGCGCCGCCGCCCGACGUCGCGGCGCCGGCGGCCGAGGCCGCGGUCGAGGCCGCCGCCGACGACGGAAUCAACGAGGGUGCCGCCGCGGAGCCGCGGCCGUCGACGCUCUUCAAGCUCGAGCUCGACGCGGCCGCGAAGCGCCGCGCCGACAAGCGCGCCGACGCCGACGCCGCGGGCGCGCCGGCGCCGGCCCCCGCCCCGGCCGCCGCGUCGCCGUCGGCGGCGGGCCUGCCGCCGCGGUCGCCGCGGCCCGGCGACGACAAGCCCGCGACGCCGCGGCGGAGCUCGCGGCGCAAGAGCCACCUGCGGCGGCGGCCGAAAUCCGCCGCCAAGGCCCAGCUCCUCGCGGCCGUCGAGGGCGCGAGCCCCGCGUCGCUCCGGCGGUCCCACCAGGGCUCGUCCGUCGACGACUGCUCGUCCGUGCGGUCGUCGCUCGGCGACGAGGACAGCGUCGUCUCGUCCCGCGGGUCGCCCCGGGGCGGCGGGAGCCGGGUCGCGAUCGACGACGACCUCAACCAGCGCCACAGCAUCUCCGCCGUCGUCGAGGCGGACCUGCGCGCGUCCCUCUUCCCCGAGCACGCGGCGACCCUGGACGCCAUCAAGGGCCGGUCCCAGCGCGAGAAGCGGCGGAGCCGCCGCGCGUCCGUCGCGUCGAGCCCCCGGCGCCGCGAGUCCGCGGCGGCGUCGGCCAUCGCCGGGCAGCUCGGCGCGGCCGCGGCCGAGGCCGCGGGCCGCCGCGCGGACGCGGCGGCGGCGGCGGCCGUGAAGCGCCGGUCCGGCGCGCCCGACGACGCCCUCGCGCGCCAGAGCUCCGCGGAGUUCCGCGACCUGCUUCGCGUUUUGCAGGGCGGCGCGACGCCGCCGAAGCCGUCGCCGAGCGGCCGCCGCGCGUCGACGGUGGCCAGGAAGGGCCUCCUCGCCGCCGUCGCCGGCGCCGCGCGCAGGCUCGCGCCGGAGACGCCGCCCGCGGUCUGGGACGAGACGGUGUCGUUCCGCGCGCCGGCGCUCGCGUGCGCGUCCGCGGACUGCGGCAACGACGCGGCGGCGCUCCGCGGCGCCUACACCAAGGCCGGCGACGCCUGGUUCUGCGCCGACUGCUGGGUCGAGUUCUCCAACGCCUACCCGGACGAGUGGACCGACUCCUUCGGCGAGGAGACGCGCGCGGCCGAGAGCCCGCCGUCGUCGCCCGACGACGCGCCCGCGCCCGCGCCGCGCGCGCGGACGUCCAUCGGGCGCCUCUUCGGCGGCGGGGCCCUCAUCGAAGACGACGACGACGACGACGAGGUCGCCGCGGCCGCGCCGCCGGAGCCGUCGCCGCGGCGCCGGUCGACGAGCGACGCGUGGGACGCGUUCGCGCCCCCGGCCGCGGCGAACGAGGAGGCGUCCGCGGCCUACCGGCGGCGCCGCGAGUCGCUCACGCCCGUGCCCCACCAAGACAGGGGCGGGCCCGAGCCCCCGUCCGACGGCGAGAGCCCGCUGCUCGUCGAGCGCCGCGCGUCGCUCCUGCCCGUGCGGACCCGCGCGGCGUCCGACGGCGCGUCGCCCCAGGAGGCCGCGCUGUCGCCCGAGUUCGUCCAGCGCCGGUCGUCGCUGCUGCGCGUGGCGACGCGCGGCGCGUCCGUGACGCCGAGCCGCCGCGGCGCGCCCGACGCCGCCGCCGUCUUCGCCGAGCCCGCGGAGCCGCCGCCGGACAAUGUCAGCAUCGCCGCCGUCGCCUUCUCGUCCUUCGCGGUCACCAUGACGCUCCCGUCGCCCGCCGAGGGCCGCGAGAAGCUCAAGGCCGCCGGCGGCGAGCAGAUGGCGGACCCGGCGAGCAUGGCCUACCGCUCCUUCGGCCUCGGCUGCUACGCCGUCGUCGUGCGCUACUGUACGAUGCCCCUCGAGAAGACAGCCAUGAUCAUGAACAGCGCGCAGGUCAGCGGCAGCGGCCAGCUCGCGCAGGCGAGCAAGAUCGUCUUCGCGGACGGGCCCUUGACGCCGUUCCGCACCGUCGGCCGCGCGUCGAUCGUCGCGUGGUUCUUCCAGUACAGCGUCAUGGGCUUCAUCUUCCAGGCCUGCGACCGGGGGCUGAGUUCGGCGCUGGGCGUCGCGCCCGUGGUCUACGGCGACCAGCUCAUGGAGGACGCGUCGAAGGACGAGACCGCGAUGACGACGGCCGACGCGCUCAAGACGGCGGGCAAGCUCGCGCUCGUGCCCGUCGUCGCCGGCGCCAUCGAGUCCGGCGUCGCGAACCGCGCGGAGACGCAGCGGUUCUACGGGCUGGCCACGUCCGCGGCCGUCGAGGCGCGCAUCGGCGCGAACGCCUUCGUGCGAGCGUGCGGCCCGGCCUUCGGCGCGAACGCCGCGCGCAACGCCAUCAUGGCGACGACGUCCUUCGUCGCGACGCCGACGCUCUACCGGAAAUACUACCCGCAAGAUCAAAAGUCCAAGGGCAGCCUCUUCUGCUUCGGCCUCGGGCUCAACAUCUUCUUCGGCAACGUGCUGGCGAUCACGCAGCAGUCGCUCUGGGGCCGGGCGCUGGACUCGGCCGCCGCGACGGGCCGGCCCGUGUCCUACGCGGCGGUCGUGAGCCAGGGCUACAAAGCCGAGGGCCUCGGCGCGUUCAUCACCGCGCCCAAGUGGUUCUCGCGCGUCAUGAUGAACGCGCCGAUCCAGGGCACGAUGCCCUGGUUCUACAACAACGUGCUCCCCCUCGGCGAGGGCCUCGCGCUCGCGGGCGUCGCCUCGGCGCUCGGCACCGUCGCGCCGCGCGCGAAGCGGCCCUCGGUCACGCUCCGCGGCCACGGCUCGGGCCGCGAGCGCGUCUGA